AUGUCAGAGGCCUCCGAUUCUGUAUUUGUGGCUGCUAGAUCCAAGCUCAUUGUGACAAUGCUGGAAGAAAUUAGAGUAUACAUAACGCAGAGAUGGGAAUCUAAUAGGAAAAAGAUCACCAAAUACGAUGACAUCAUACUACCUAACAUCAAGAAGAGGAUGGAAAGGGAGUCACAAAAAACCAAUCAUUGGAUUGUGAGGAGUGCAGGUGAAUAUGAGUAUGAGGUGAGGCAUACUUCACUCAAUGGAGAAAAAUAUGCUGUCAACCUUAACAAGAAAGAAUGCCCAUGUAGAUUAUGGAUGCUGAUUGGACUUCCUUGUUAUCAUGCAAUGUCUUGCAUGAAAUAUCAACAUUUGGAGAUUGAUGACUUUGUACCUGACUGUUACAAGAAGGAAAAAUAUGCUGCUUAUUAUAAACAUGUGAUAUAUUCACUUAAUGGGGAAGCCUUGUGGUCAAAGACUAGUCUUGUUGAUCUCCAGCCACCACCAAUAAAGAGGCAGCCUGUAAGGCCAAAGAAAAAAAGGAAUAGGAAAGAUGGAGAGAUGGUGAGGGAUGAGACACACAUGAAGAGGGAAAGACAUGGUAUAAAGUUUAGUCGUUGCCACAAAGAUGGUCAUAACAAGGCCACUUGUAAACUACCACAACCACAAGCUAGUUCAAGUCAGGUACAAGAUCCAACAAGUCAGCAACCAUCAGAAGCUAAUACAAGUCAAUCACCACCUGUUGCAACAAGUCAACCAUCAUCACAAUCUAUUACAAGUCAACCACUACCACCUGUUGCAACAAGUUAG